UCAGUUGAACACGGUCCGGUAGUCGAUGCACGCGCUGCACCGGGCGUGCCCGCAGUGCACGCGGUGGCAGUUGGACGGGUGGUGGCGGUCGUCGUUGUUGGUGUAGCACUCGCAGCAGUUCCAGCCCGUGUAGACCUUUGUCUUGCGUCGCGGGAGGGAGGCGAGGGGGCCCGGGAGCUGCGGCGGAGGAGGACUCUGGGGAGAGGGGAAGGGGGAGGUCGGCGAGGUUGGGGGGGUUUGCUCGUCUGUCAUGCUGGCGAAGUGGAAGGGAGCUGGCUAGCUUUGCCUGUGCGGUUUGGAAGAUUUCCGUUAGGAUGGAUGUGAUAUAGGACUCGGUCGGGGUGUCGUAUUUAUAGUGUAAGGGUACUCUUGUGCUUCUCGUCCGAGUUCAAACAAUCAGCUUGUUGGGUUCGAUGAGUCUUUGUCUAUAGGUGGGAACAGGAAUACCGUUUCUGGAUGUCGCAAGUGUAGUCACAAUGGAAC